GAAGAUGCUCCUCCCCCUCCUAUAAAAGGAGGGGUGCCCCCAAUUUGAUGGGGAGGCCAAACUCACUCUCUUCCCUGCCCAUUAUACUUUCUCUCUCUAGAGUUUUAUAUAUUUUCUUCUUAAAGAGCUUGUAGCUCCACCAUUAAUGGCUUCUGAGCCCGAUUCUUGUACCGUGUACACACCCCCGAUAUUAAUAAAAAUCUCCCAUUGGCAAGGUACCGCCAAAAAAGGCCCGUGGUUUUCUCCCGAUUUGGGUUUCCACGUAAAAAUUCCUGUGUUUAUAGUUUGGUGUAUUUUUUUGACUAGUUUAUCAUUUUUGCCGGGCUAAAACGAUAUACCGGUCGAUAAUUUACACCAUCAUUUUGGCGCCACCCCGUGGGACCCGAACAAAAAACUUCAUCUUUGUUCGGCCAUCUUGCACAGCCUAAAGUGUGAGAAACAAAAAAAAAAGAGAGAGUGGGUAUGCUUCAAAUGGCAAAAAAGGAACUAAAAGGGGGAGAAACAGAACAUAUGUUCUGACUCUUUCAGUUUUACGAAAAAAAGGGGCAAAGAAAGAAGAAGACAACACCAUUGAUGCUACCACGUCACCAUUGAUGCUUGCCGGUGAUAAAGCACCAAUCUUUGCUCAAUUCCAUUGCGGCCUCCACUGCUCUAACCCGCCGCUGCUGCUCAGAUCCACCGCCGCCGCUGCAAUCCACCCCGGCAACAGCUGGAGAUCGUUGGAGCCGCCCAAUUCCAUCACUGCGGUGACUGACCAGCCGCUGUUAAAAUCCGAAGUUAUGUGGCAAAUAGAGGAAGUUGAUCACCGUCACCCCUACUGGAUCUACCAUUCACGUGGUUGGAGCUAGCCACCGAUGUGGCACUGCCCAAAUUGACGGCCUUUCAUAAAGUUCUAGACACAUCAGGCGAAACCAACUGCCGACACCAAAAUUGGGGGUUGCCAUCGUGGUGGUUGCUGCCAAAAAUCCACAUGCCGCCCACGUUGCUGGGAAAUUAAUCAUAACUUGGAUGGAGAGUUGUGUAAACACUUUCAGAUUGAAUAUUUUGGUUGUUCACUCCAAAAUUCAAUCGGAUAAAACUCGAAAGUAUCAAAAACGAAAUAUGAGAAUUGCUGUGUAAAAACCGAACAUCAUUUCGACCAUGCCCAGCGAGAUUUUAUAGACUAGGGGUGAGAAGGAGAAAACACCAUUCGCGGCUAUUACCCAAAGCACGCAAUUUUUCGCGCGGAAGUUUCUUCUUCAAAUUCGGUCCUAUCCAUACGAAUUUUUCUUUUAAAGAAAAUUCGAAAUCAAAAUUCUAAUUGAAUUUUUUAACAUAGUAUCGACCCCAGCCAGGGGCUCUGCCCCUUGGACCCCGCAGGGGCUGCCGCCCCUUGAACCCUGCUCGGGGGCGCUGCCCCCGAACCCCCGCCAAGGGUGCGCUGCCCCCUUGGAACCCCCGGUGCAACGGGUUUUAUAUCGUAACAAACUCAAUGAAGCGUGCACUCCGCACCACCAAACUUCUUUGAUGAUUAUUAGGAUACCAUUGGUCGUAGUUUUUCCAAUUACACUAAAAUAUAUAACAGCUCAUAGCUUGUUAAAAUUUACGGUUAUCGUUGAAGCCACGAGAACGGCGCAGCCACGCCGCCGUCCCUAAAGUUCGCCACAAAAGACAAGUGUCACUACCGCAGGAGUCCGUCACCAUCGACACAAAGUUCGCCGUCAGCGUUGCAGCCGCCGCCCACCUUCCCAAAGCCAUCAAUAGUACCAAAAGAGCUUGCGGAAGGAGAUAUCUUCCACCGCUGCUCAAAUCCGCCGCUGCUUAGACCCGCCGCCGUCGCUGCUCAGACUUGCCGCCGGUUGAUGUCCGGCCAUGUCGCCACAGAAGCCAACAACUACCGUUGCAGAUCAGACCCCGGCCCCCUCGCUACUGCCGGGUUGCACCGCCAACACCGGUGGUCGGGAAACUCGUUUGCCGCUGCUGGAAGGCUAUCUUUAUCUACAUCACCUUCCCCAUUGGAAGCCUGGAACUACUAAUCAAGUGAACAAUUACAAACCAAAUCUGCCCAUUUACAAGGAGAAAAGUUGAUUCAUUAUCAACUUGAUUGUGUAAGUUCACUGAUGUGAUCAUGAGAAAAAUUCCAAAUGGAGACACAUGAAGAUGUUUUGCACAGGGAGAUCAAUUAAAGCAGAUGCUCUUUACAAAGGCAAAAGCAAGAGUCCAGUUCCCAUUUUGAUUGUGAAAGGCAAUCAUGGAGCAAUUCAUAUAUGGGCAGGCCCCACCAAUGGACUAUGGUGCAUGGAUUUUGUUAGUUCCAUAUUGUGUUGGCAUUAUCUUUUAACAAACGAAUAGAUUUAUCUAGAAUUA